AAAAAAUAAAAAAAAUUGUGCAAGUGCUAGUAAAUUUUGAUUGAAGUUUUGUUUUAAUUUACCAAAAAAGUAAGUUUUCGUUUUUAUUUUACAUCCAAAUUAAAUACCGGGUUUUGCAAACAAAACUWGUAAAAUAUAUCGGUCGAAAUAAAGUCUUUUAAUAUCAAGUUACGUAAAACACACCCACAGAAUGAGUACAGAGGAGUCGCAACAGUUUUGUCUUAGAUGGCAUAAUUAUCAAAGUUCACUUAUGUCAACUCUGCCUCAGCUUUUAAAUCAUGAUGAUCUGACUGAUGUUACUUUAUGUGCUGGUUUGAGAACACUUAAAGCUCAUCGUGUUGUUUUGUCUGCAUGUAGUGAUUAUUUCAAACAGUUAUUUAAAGCACUCACAAAAGAAUUAGGAGCAAGUCAUCAUCCAGUGAUUGUUUUGCCUGGCGUUGAAUUUACUGAUCUCUGUGCUCUAGUCACAUUUAUGUACAGUGGUGAAGUAAAUGUUUAUGAACAUCAACUAGCUAGCAUGCUUUCCAUGGCUGAUUCAUUACAUAUUAAAGGCUUGGCUGAGUUUUCUAAUGUACCUGGUUAUUCAUCUGGCACAUUUGAGAAAUCUUCUAAAUGGAAAAGACCACGAGUUGAAGAAUCAGAAUCCUUUAACAGGGUUAUGUCAAGACCGACAUUAAGUGAAACUGAAGUUUUUGCCGAUUUAGAUGUUGCUCAAGAUCUAAGUAAGCGUGUUCCAGAAAAUGAUAAUCAAGAUGAUACUGUAAACUUAGCUACGACUGUUGACCAUAAACCGUCCACAUCAGAAAUAAAUGUUUCUUACGGCGAAGAGGCUCCAACACCUACAGAUUUAGUUCAAGGUCCAGUUGUACAGGGUUCACAGUCAGAUAAUAUUAAAUCUCGAACACCUGUAUCCAAGCUGUAUACAAUGUGUUUCAUAUGUGGUAAACAGCUAAGUAAUCAUUACAAUUUGCGCGUUCAUAUGGAAACCCAUCAAAAUGCACAGUAUGCUUGUUCAGUGUGUAGUCAUGUUUCUCGAUCCAGGGAUGCAUUAAGGAAACAUGUAUCUUAUAGACAUCCACGUCCCAACAAUAAUAAUACAACUACGGACAACUCAUCUACAGUGGAUUCUUCACAUAAUGUAAACAAGCUUCCAUCAACUUGACCCAAAAAAAUACGUAUGAUACUUUUAUUGUUAUUAUUUAAUUUAUUGUUGUUACCCUUUAGUUAAUUUUUUCUUCUAGUUAUAUCCAUAUUAAUCGUUGACCUGUUAUUUUUAUUGUGUGAGUGUUUGAUUGUUAUUGUUAUGUAUUGUUAAAAUUUAUAUGCUGUUGUUGAAAUGAUAAUAGAAAAAUAAUGUAAGAUGGUCCAUUUUAAAUAUAAAGUAUAAACUUGCUUUGGAAAUAUUCAACCAUACCACAGGUAAAUUACAAGCAUAUUAUAUAUUAGUCAAUAGAGUAUUAAAAUGUUUAGUUGAAAAAAUAAUAUAAUUGUC